AUGUUCAGUAGAUUUUUGGUGAGACGGUUUGCUAGUGUUAAGGAAAUUAGAGUUUCGAAGGUUUUGAUGAAUGGGUAUAGCACAGAGGCCAUCGAGGCAAGGUAUCGUGUCAAGUUGGAACAGCUGGCAAAGGCCAAAGGGUAUGCCAGUGUCGAGGAGAUGCGGGAUGGCUUGAAGGGCGAUAUUGACGCUAAGAAGAAGGAGUUUGCUCAGAAUGAUCCUUUGAAAGGAUAUGAAGAAACUGUCGGUGUCCUUGGACAACAGCAACAGCAACAGCAGCUGGAUUCCAGCGGAUUGACUAGAUCCAAGGGUCCGCUUGAUUCUCCGCAGCCAAAGGUACCAUUCAAGACGUUGGACUCGUAUUUGAACGUGGAGAAGAUCAGUCAGUUGUCCAGACAAGAGGUAGAGUUCUUGUGGAGAGCUAAAUGGGCAAACAAGGAUAAUGUGUUGAAUGCUGUGGUGCCAAUAGACGUAUAUGAGAAGAUGUUGGCUAACUCCAAGGAAAAUCCAGCGUUCGUCUUGCCCUUGCCAAGAGAAGCCGAGGGCCAAGACUCCGGAAUGGAAUUGCAUUACAUCCAAUGGCAGUUCGUGGGCCCACAUACUGUCCAUUGUAUAAUGACCUCUUUAGCAGAGUACAAGCUGCAUAAGGAGUAUGCCAGACCGCAUACCACUUUGCAGUUCCAUUCCGAGUUGGCCAAAGACAAAAAUUGCGUAUUUAUGAAUGGUCAAGUGGAAACAGACAUGAACGUUUCUCUGCAAGACGCCCAGUUGUUACUGUUGAACGUCCAGAGGUUUUAUGGAGCCAUGGGCGAGGAAACACCAUCCUCAAAGCAAAGAUUGCAACUGCUAAGGGACUUCACGAAAGGUUCUGCAAGUUUCAACGUAGACACCUUGAUCACGCUGUCUCAGUCUAUGGAGAAUUAG